AGUCAACAAGACAAAACCUGCCGUUUGAUUAUUAUUAUUAUUUAAAAAAUAAAAAUUAAAAAGCUAACUGUUGACAGUGGGAUUUGAACCCACGCCCUUUCGGACCAGAACCUUAAUCUGGCGCCUUAGACCAACUCGGCCAUAUCAACUUUCUGUUUAUUAUUUUCUCGUUCAUAAUUUCAUGAUUCAAUAGCGAGAAAUGGUGACUACCGCCGAAAAUCCUCUUCAAGAAGGAUACGUAAUCGACGCCGUUGACCACUACGGACUUGCCGCCGGCAGAUCCAAUACCGGCAGAUGGAGAGCCGCUUGGUUCAUAAUCGGUGUGGAGGUUGCGGAGAGGUUCGCUUACUAUGGGAUCGCAUCAAACCUGAUUAGCUACUUGACUGGACCACUUGGUCAAUCUACGGCGGUCGCCGCCGCUAAUGUCAACGCGUGGUCGGGAAUCUCCUGUCUUCUCCCUGUUCUGGGAGCUUUCGUCGCCGACGCUUUCCUCGGUCGUUACCGAACCAUUAUCAUCGCUUCUCUUGUCUACGUACUGGGGAUGGCACUUUUGACUUUGUCUGCACUUCUUGUUCCUAUUACCAGCGAGAACACCGAAGUGGCCUCUUCACCGUCUUCCUUGCUCAAUGUACUCUUCUUCAUCUCUCUGUAUCUUGUGGCCAUUGCACAAAGUGGGCACAAGCCUUGUGUUCAGGCUUUUGGAGCAGACCAGUUUGAUGAGAAAGACCCGAAAGAGAAACGUGACAGAAGCUCCUUCUUCAACUGGUGGUACCUUAGUUUGUCUGUAGGGAUCUGCUUGGCCAUUGUAGUCGUUGUCUACAUUCAAGAAGCCGUGAGCUGGGCUCUAGGGUUUGGAAUCCCAUGUGUGUUCAUGUUGAUCUCUCUUGUUCUGUUCGUGUUAGGGAGAAAGAGUUACAGGUACGCUAAAAUAAGACCGGAAGAAGAAACCAACCCUUUCACUAGGAUAGGUAGAGUCUUCUUUGAAGCAUUCAAGAACCAAAGAUCGAGUUCCUCGCAGCUCUGUCAAAAUCAGACUGAGAUGGAGGCAAAUACAUCUCAAGGAUCUACAGAGAGUUUGAGGUUCCUGAACAAAGCCUUGCUUGCACCAACUGUGGAAAACGCAUGCAGUGUUAGUGAUGUCAAAGAUGCAACAGCUCUCGUCAGGCUGAUCCCAGUAUGGUUUACAACUCUCUUCUACGCCAUACCUUAUGCUCAAUACAUGACUUUCUUCACAAAGCAAGGCGUCACAAUGGAGAGAACACUACUUCCCGGUGUAAAGAUCUCACCUGCUUCUCUUCAGGUCCUUAUUGGCAUAUCAAUCGUAGUCUUUGUCCCAAUCUACGACCGUGUUCUGGUCCCAGUCUCCAGGUCCAUAACCAAAGAACCAUGUGGCAUCACAACGCUCAAAAGAAUCGGAACCGGAAUGGUACUAGCAACUCUCACCAUGGCGGUUGCAGCUCUGGUUGAGACAAAGCGGCUCGAGACUGCGAAAGAACACGGGCUUAUAGACCAACCGCAAACCACCGUUCCGAUGUCGAUAUGGUGGUUGAUCCCUCAGUAUCUGUUGCUGGGACUGGCCGACGUGUUCACGUUAGUGGGAAUGCAAGAGUUCUUCUACAGCCAAGUCCCCACCGAGCUGAGAAGCAUCGGUCUCGCAUUCUACCUGAGUGCGUUGGGCGUAGGAAGCUUGUUGAGCAGCUUACUCAUCUCACUGAUCGACUUGACCACGAGAGGAGACGACGGGAACAGCUGGUUGAGUAGUAACCUGAACAGAGCACAUCUCGAUUACUUCUACUGGUUACUUGCGGUUAUUAGCGCCGUGGGUUUCUCUGCGUUCUUGUUUGUUUCUAAGUCGUAUAUCUAUCGUCGGGUGGUCACAGUUUAGUCUUACAGCUUUUCUUGGCAGAAGGUGGCGACGUAAUAUAAGAUUCGUAUUCCAGUGGAAAAAUAUGUGUUGAUUUUUUUAGUUCCAAUGAAAUAGCCAUAAAACGAGCAUACCUUUAUUUUCUUACCAAAUUGUCAAAAAAAAAAAUUAUGUUUGAUAAUACUAUUAAUCUUUUUUUUUCCAACACUUAAUUCAAGCAAAAAUAA